CAAUGUGUGUCUGCAUCAAAUUCAUUCAAUGCAAAAUGGCCAAUAUUCUUCCUAUGAUAUUGUUUGUUAUUCUUAAUCUCAUAUUGUUCUUCUUUCAAUUAUCUACCUCAAUUGAUACCAUCACCCAAUUUCAAUCUCUUAAUGAUGGCAACACUUUGGUUUCUAAUGAUGGAACCUUUGAGUUAGGCUUUUUCACACCAGGUAGUUCAACAAAUCGCUAUGUGGGAAUAUGGUACAAAAAUAUCCCAAAAAGAAGAAUAGUUUGGGUUGCAAACCGUGAUGAUCCAAUCAAGGACAACAACUCCAACUCAACCAUGUUGAUCAUGAGCAAAGAGGGAAACCUUGAACUACUUACCAACAACAAUCAAACACUUGUUUGGUCAACAAACAUCACAACACAAUCUUUGUCAACUACAAGUUCUCAUGUUGCUCAACUAUUAGACAAUGGAAACUUUGUAAUCAAAGCCAACAACAAUACUGAUCAACAAAGUAAUAAUUUCUUAUGGCAAGGUUUUGAUUUUCCUUGUGAUACUUUGUUGGCAGGCAUGAAGCAUGGAUGGGACUUAAAAACCGGUCUUAAUCGUCAAUUAACUUCUUGGAAAAAUUGGGACGAUCCAUCAUCGGGAGAUUUAACAUGGGGUAUUGUCCUUCAUAGUAAUCCAGAAAUUGUAUUGAAAAAAGGAUCAGUUGAAAUUCACAGGAGUGGUCCUUGGAAUGGAGUUGGAUUUAGUGGAGCACCUAUGGAGAUUAUUACGUCAAGUGUUAUAGCUACAACACCUGUGAUCAAUUCAAAUGAAGUUUAUUUCACAUAUAGUCUUGUAAACAAGAGUAUGGUUUCAAUAACUUAUUUGAACCAAACGCUUAGUCUUCAUGAACGCGUUAUAUGGAGUCCAGAGGACAACACUUGGAGCGAUAUUCAGUCAGUACCAAAAAAUGAUUGUGAUGUCUAUAAUCGUUGCGGCCCUUAUGGAAAUUGCAUUCAUAACCCGUCUCCAAUUUGCCAAUGUUUAGAUGGGUUUGAGCCUAAAUCACCACAAAAUUGGUACGCAUCAAAUUGGACACAAGGAUGUGUGCGCAAAGGUGAAGAAACAUGGAAUUGUGGUGUGAAUGAUCGUUUUAGAACAUUUUCUGGAUUGAAAUUGCCAGAUACAACACAUACUUGGGUUGAUGCUAAUAUGACACUUGAGAAUUGUAAGAAUAAAUGCUUGGAAGAUUGUUCUUGUAUGGCUUAUUCAAACUUAAAUGUGAGUGAUGGUAGUGGAUGUUCCAUAUGGUUUGGUGAUCUUAUAGACUUAAGACAGAUUUUAACAUUCCAACAAUAUCUAUAUAUUCGAAUGGAUGCUUCCACAGUAGAUUCAAGUGGAGAUGUUUCUAGUGGGAAGAAAAAUCAUACUUUGGCAAUUGCAGUUACUAUUCCGUUGGUCAUCAUUUUGCUACUGGGGAUCAUAGUCUUCUAUGUUUACAUGAGAAAAAGAAAGCAAAGAGAUAAUGCAGAGAUCAACACCUUAACCGAAGAGAGAGAUGAAGACCAACAAGAUUUUGAGCUUCCUUUCUUCAAUAUUUCUACAAUGAUAAGUGCCACAAAUCACUUUUCAGACUAUAAUAAACUUGGAGAAGGUGGCUUUGGACCAGUAUAUAAGGGUACACUAGCUAUGGAUGGGCGAGAGAUUGCCGUCAAAAGGCUUUCAGGAAGUUCAAAACAAGGAUCAAAAGAAUUUAAAAAUGAAGUUAUAUUAUGUGCAAAACUUCAACAUCGAAAUCUUGUUAAGGUUCUUGGUUGUUGCAUUCAAGGAGAAGAGAGAAUGCUUAUCUAUGAAUAUAUGCCCAACAAAAGCUUAGAUGCAUUUCUUUUUGAUCCAGCUCAAAAGAAACUUCUAGAUUGGUUUAAGCGCUUCAACAUUGUUUGUGGAAUUGCCCGUGGACUGAUUUAUCUUCAUCAAGAUUCUAGAUUGAGGAUCAUACAUCGAGAUCUAAAACCAAGUAAUAUUUUAUUAGACAAUGAUAUGAAUCCAAAAAUAUCAGAUUUUGGCUUGGCAAAAAUUUGUGGGGAUGAUCAAGUUGAGGGGAAUACAAACAGAGUAGUUGGAACACAUGGUUAUAUGGCUCCAGAAUAUGCCAUUGAUGGACUAUUCUCCACAAAAUCUGAUGUAUUUAGCUUUGGCGUAUUAUUGCUAGAGAUUGUAAGUGGACAUAAAAAUAAAGGACUUACAUUUCAGAACAACAACUAUAAUCUUGUUGGACAUGCUUGGAGGUUAUGGAAAGAGGGAAAUUCAAAAGAAUUGAUUGAUGAUUGUCUAAAGGACUCAUAUAUUCCAUCUGAAGCUUUAAGAUGCAUACAAGUUGGUCUUUUAUGUCUACAACUUCAUCCAAAUGAUAGACCAAAUAUGACAUAUGUGCUUGCGAUGUUGACGAAUGAAAGUGUUUUAGCCCAACCAAAGGAACCUGGUUUCAUAAUACAAAGGGUCUCUAAUGAGGGAGAAUCUACAACGAAGCCUUUCUCAAUGAAUGAGGUUACUAUUUCGGUAAUAGAUGCUAGAUGAAAAACAUAUAUCAAUGGACGUUUAGUUCCGUCAACUUUGAUUAGAUAUACCAAUGGAAAAAUUUCAUCUCAAUAGCCUAUAGCUACAGUAGUUUUGGACAACAAAAUGUGAGACUUAUACCUACGGUCAAUGACACUUAUUGAGUUAUUUUAUGAAAAAUGUUACAUGAACACCCUUUAUUCCUGCACCUCAUUGUACACCUAAUGUAUUAGGAUAUUUUUGUAGGUUCAUCUCACAAUAUCUUCUAUUUGUGUGGAGUUCAGGUUGCCACGUGUCAGAAUUUUGUGUGGAUGUAAAGGGUGUAUUGCCACAUGAGGUGGUACAUGUAUCAUCACUCUUAUUUUAUCCAUAGCAGUUUUCCAUUGGUAGGUUUGAGAAUAUUUUUUUAGUAUAUAUAAAUAGUUUUUCGACUCAAA